GCGAUCAACUCUGACAAACGUAAAAUAAAAUAAGUUUCCUGGAAACUCUCCUCCCUUACCUUCCACUCGGAAUCAAUCAGUGUAGCAACUUCUGCCAAACCUCGGGAAAUUUGGUGACGACGACGACGACAAGUGUUUUGGAGAAGAAACUUGACAGAGUGGAGACGGGUCAAGAGUCAAAGUUGUAGUGGAGGAGAUGAUGAUCUGGAAGGAAGGAAUUGGACGACAGCGACGCGACGCGCGACUCGACCACCACCACCACCGCGAUAAGGCAGGGAUGAUGAGAGCGCACCUGGCUUUCCGAGAGAGAAUUUUGACCCCUAUCUAUAUGCCCCAUGUUAUACAAUUAACAUGGAAAGGAUAGGAUAGGAUGCCUUGAACCCCCAGUCAAAUCGAUCACAUACUUUUCGCACGGGUUGAGGUCAGGUGAGGUGAAGGUGAGGCGUCCUGUGCGAAAAAGCGGCUAAAAAUAGAUGUCUUGGAUGGAGUGGCGUCCUUUUUGCGAAAGGCGUCGUUUCUUCGUCUUCAUCUUCUGGACUUGGGCUUUGUUGUAAAAUCAAGCUCGAAGAGAGAGGACGUCGUCGUCUCCCAAAAUUGUGCCAAAUUUCUUGUAUUUUUUUUUCGGAGUUUUCUGGACAAUUUUACAAAUUUUGUGUGAUGUAGGUAUCUAAGUACGUAAGAUAAGUCUUCCACUCCCCCACACAAAGUAGUUGUAAAUACUUAUUUGUAAAUAAGAAUACUUUAUUAUAGAGUUGGAUUUGUUUGUGGACAGUUUUGGGGAGUUUGACAGGGGUGAUGGCGUCUUCGAAAUGUGUGGGUCCGCCGCCUGCGACGAAUUCUGGGGAGUGUUUGGUCGUGGAUUUCAUCGAAUUGGUGUACGGGAGACUGGUCGUUAGAGUUGUGAGUCCGGAGAAUGAGGCCACAAUAGUUGAAGUAUUAAAGAAGAAUUUUUCCGGGGUGAGGGAGUCGCCCCCGUUCAGCGAGGUUCGGGCAGGUGACCACUACAUGGGUCGACUGGACAUCGAGAGUGGGAUCAUCCUGAGACGAAUUCAGGUCACCGAAGGGCCCGGCGAGGACCUCGAUGCGCCCAUUAAAUGUGUAGACAUCGACAACGGAGAGUCCGUGAAGGUCCAGUGGUACAAUUUGUUCGUCUUGAAGGAUGACGCCAUGAAUUUUCCGAGACAGACCUUCGACGUAUUUCCAUCCGGCAUGGAGCUGAUUUUUGGGACGAGUUACCUCGCCCGUGUGAUGGACGAGCCGCCGCAACGCUACAUACUCAAAGUGGUCAACCCCAGGGACGGAGCGCCACCGAAAUGUCACGUGACGACGUACGGAGUCCGAAGAGAGGUUCCCGUUGUGCAUCUCUACUAUGCAAAUGCCCCCUUGCUCUCCGCCGUGGUCGUGGCGGAAGGAAAGGUCUCCACGGCGUUCAAAUGCGUACAGCCGAUGGUCGGUGAGGAGGUGAAGGUGAUCGUGACGCAUCUCGUGAAUGACGGGUCGUUCAUCUAUCAGUACGAGAAAUGCUUGGUCAAGUCCAUCCAGGCCUACUUGGGGAAGAUCGAGUGGAGCCAGGGGCAGGUGGCGCGUGCCAGCAAUACGAGACCGGACACCGUCUACUUAUCUAAAUUCGAGGGGGCCUUGUACCGAUGCCAAGUCAUCAAAGUUGUGAGUGAGGAUAAGGUUUUGGUGGUUUACAUUGAUUACGGGAAUGAAGGGGAGAUCCCAGUUCGAGACAUGAUGGAAGCAGAAACAGUCCAGAGAUUGUUGAGCCUCAUUCCGCCGCAGUGUCUUCGUGCCAAGUUGACAGGAAUUGGGCACAUGAAAAGUACGGAUGACUUUUGGGAGGUGGCUGGGAUGGAUCGAUUCAUUUUGAAGAUUGACAACGUUCCCGAGGGUUCAUUCCGGCGGCCACGUGUCUCUUUGUACUUGAGGGGCAAGCUAGAAACGUCGGUGAACGAUGUGCUGCUCGAGAAGGGGUUGGCGUUUAUCAAGAAACCGAGCAGAUCGAAGCAGAAAGACGUGGUCCCCGUUCCCCCCGCGGGUAAAAGAGACGUCCCCCCCACCCCGGCUGAAAUUGUGUCCAGCCUGGUAUCAAUCGUCACUUCGGCGAAAGUAACCGUGACACCGGCGAUGGUGCUCCCCAUUUCGACGGCUGUGAUCGCUCCGACGCGGGCUGGGUUGGGGGCUAAGAGUCCGCCAGUGGUCGUCACUAGUCCCCCAGUGGUCGUCACUCCGCGAUCCCCAGUAGUCGUCACUAGUCCUCCGGUGGUCGUCACCCCAGUGGUCACUCCUCGUCCUGCAGAAAUCGUCACUCCUCGUCCUGCAGAAAUCGUCACUCCUCGUCCUGCAGAAAUCGUCACUCCUCGUCCUGCAGAAAUCGUCACUCCUCGUCCUGCAGAAAUCGUCACUCCUCGUCCUGCAGAAAUCGUCACUCCUCGUCCUGCAGAAAUCGUCACUUUUCGUCCCCCAGUGGUCAUCUCUCCUCGUCCUCCAGCGGUCGUCGCCCCUCGCCCCCCAGUGGUCGUCACCCCUCGUCCUCCAGCGGUCACCACUGCUCGUCCUCCAGGAGUCGUCACUCCUCGUCCUCCCGUGACCCCUGCGAACCGCCCCGCUUUUGUCGCCCCCAUCCGACCCCUCGUUCCUCCUCCCCCCGUACCAACCACAUCUUCGGCCCCUCUUGCCCCUGUUCCGAAGACCCCGUUGACCUCGCUGAACUCGUCUUUCGACAAGAACAACGGGAGUUUUGCGAGUGAGGAAGUCGACUUUGGGAAAUUCGCGACCUCCGGCGCCGUCCGACUCGCGGAUUGGGCCGAUGUCUCCGAAUUCUUCACGACCACCGAGUCCCAAACGGACGGGGAGCUCGCAUUGUUCCACGUGACGCAAGUUUUCGGGGAUAAUUUGGCGCUGAGACAGCACAAAAGUGGGAAUCUCCUGCUCGACAUGGAGACCACUUUGGGGGAAUAUCUUCAAGUUAAAGUGGCUGGAGGGAGGAACGCGGUGAGGCUGGUGGAGCAUAAGUGGUACGCAGUUUUCUACCAGAAACUGGAUAAGUGGACGAGAUGCGUCCUGCUGAAGAAGGAGACGCUGGACGGGAUUCCGGUUGCGAUUUUCCGGCUUAUGGACUACGGCCUGUGGUUUUCUCUGCCACUGGAAUCGGACUCCAGUGCUGGACCGGAUGUCCAAGAGUUGCCACUGUUCUUCACGCAUCUGAAGCCGCAAGGGGUCACGGCGUCCCUGAGCUGUGUGCGAAAGGAGGGAAUAUCCGCCAAGAUUCUGGACCAAGUGGACAAACCCCUUGUGCAAGUCCGGAUCCAGAAGUACUUGCCCCCCGGGGACGGGAGAGAUAUCCCCCACGCUAAAAUUUCCGUCCUCCGAAUUGUGAAUGGGGAGGAAAAACGGAGAGUUGUUCGGGAAAGGAAAAAUUCGAUUUAGAUGGAAGACUGUCAAGAUGAAGGGAGGGGCGGGAGGUUUUUUGCAUGUUUUGUUCUCCGCUGUUAAUUAAGCUGAUUAUUAUGUUAAUUGUUAAAUUGUGGGGAUGAAUUGGGGGAUUUUUUUUGCUUGUUUUGUUCUCUCGUGAUAAUUAAGCUGAUUAAUUAUGUUAAUUAUUUUUUUACGAUUUUAUCUAUGUCAAGAUUAUUGAAGUCAAUUAUUUAUUAACCUUGACUUUUUUGAGAGAGAAUUUUGUAUGA